CCCUGUCAGACGGGCACCCACAAACUCCUUUAGGAUAAGGGAGCGCGAAACUUCCUUAGGGAGUUCGACCUCAAGGAAGUUGUGGCCGUGUCACACGGCCAAUAACAAGUUUUCAAAAGAAGGCACCAGAGGCACUAUCAGCGGCGUUUGAUGUUUGUAGAAUUACAAAAAUGUAACUUCUAAUUACGCGCGUAGCUAUUAUAAUUAACGCUCCUUCCAUAAAAAAUACUAUUUAUUAUAUUUGAUGCGAAAAACAUACACCUCGCUAAAAAUCAAAGUGCGCUCGCUAAACAUAGCAGUGCUGACAGCGACGCUAGCCACCCUGUGCUUCUCUGUGUUCCUUUGCGGCGUGGAGAGUAGGCUCUGCACGGCUCUGCGUUGUUUUACCCGAACAAUUCUCAACAUUUCGUGCACUGUGAUCUCGUGAGCUUUUCUUUUAUUUUGUGCACUGUGCCGUGCAAUCAUGAGUGACGAAGCGGAAGAAGUCAAGAAAAGGUGUGAGAUUGCACUCGCCGUGGCGACGAUCGCUUCCAUGGAUGUAGAGCUCGAAGCUGCCAGGGCAAAAGUGCGCACCAUCAAGCGUCAUCUCGUUAUUAACAGCCUCAUGCUGAAUGCUGCUGUGUUGUCCGGGAGACGUGCGACAAGGCAAGUGUGGGCUUACCCACGAUGCGCUCGUUGGUUCGAGGAGACGCUGCCGAACCUGGGCGGGCAGAACUUCCGGCAGUCAUUUAGGGUGUCGAAAACGACAUUUAAAUACUUGGUAGACGUCUGCAGGCCCGUGAUGCAGCGCCAAACAACAAAUAUGAGAGAAAUGGUGUCACUAGAGAAGCGGGUCGCUGUUGCUUUAUAUAAGCUAUGUUCCUCUGCCGAGGAUAGAACAGUGGCCAAUUUGUUUGACUUGGGGCGGUCGACAGGGAACACUAUUUACCGAGAGUUUUGCCAGACCGUUGUUGAUGCCCUUGAAAAGCAGUGGGUCAAGAUGAUCGCAGCAAAUGAAAUGGCCGACCAUGUGCGGGAGUUUUGUGCGGUCACUGGCUUCCCACAGGCAGUUGGAGCACUGGAUGGCUGUCAUUUUCCUGUCUCGCCACCAAAGGAAAACGCCAUCGAUUACUACAAUUACAAAGGCUGGUACAGUGUGAUCCUGCUGGCUCUGGUGGACCACAAAUACAGGUUCCGCUACACUAACGUUGGCUCCCCAGGCAGGUACCACAACGCACACGUGUUUCACAACUCCAUCUUGGCAAGAGCGAUUCAGGAACCAGCAUUUCAGAGCCCAACCAUUUGUGUUGGCACUUCUCUUGUGCCCCCAUUAAUUUUGUGUGAUCAAGCUUUCCCUCUUACAUCCAACCUCAUGAAACCGUUCCCUGGCACGAACCACACCCCAGAAGAGAGCAACUUCAACUAUGAACUCUCCAAAACACGAAGAAUUGUGGAGAACGCUUUUGGAAGGCUCAAGGCACGCUUCAGAUUUGUGAUGAAGCGAAUGGAGUGCGACAUCAGCAAUGUGCCUAUUGUCGUAAGAGCAUGUUGUGUGCUAAAUAACAUAUGCGAACAUUUCAAUGAUUCCGCAUCUCAGCAGUGGCUGAAUGAAGCGGAGUUGCAGAAUACAGUAUAUCAGCAACCACUUCACACAACAGGCACGCAAGUUGGAUGUGGAAGAGAUGUCCGAGAUGCAGUUGUGCAUUAUUUUCAGCUGCAUGGAGACCACUGUAGUCGGGUACAACUGUAGAAGACAGGAGAGGCCCCGCCCAGUUGACCGAAGCGCAGCAGCCAAUUCCUCCAUGACUAAAGAAAUAGUCCCGCUCAAAAAAUUGACUUCUUCUAAGACGCGUAUUUGUCGGUAUAAAUAAGAUUUGUGUAUCUUGACGAGUGGCGAGACAGGCGACUACCACGAGGAAAUGAACGGCAAUCGCUAUGAGGGCUGGUUCAAUGACGUUCUGCAGAAGUUGCCAGCUGGUAGCGUCAUUGUUUUAGGCAAUGCACCUUACCAUAGCCGGCGAGAAGAGAAAUUGCCAA